GUUUUCAAUGAAUUUAAAAGGAAGGAAUGUCUUCAGUUUCAUUAAUUAGAACAACAGACGUUAGACAAUUGUGUGUGCAAUGGAUAGCUUUACGAAAACAUAAUCUGCGAUUCUACUUCACUAAAAGCUUAGAAUUUUGCAGGUGAAAUAAAGCCGAUCGGAUAUAUGAGUUCCUUAUUCUGCCACAAGAGAGGGACCCCGCGCCAGCCCACGAUCUGUCACCACGCACGAGGCGUACUGACACUGGACCAUCAUGAGGUCAACAAUCCCCAGUAUAUGUUAGAAGGUCUGGAUAAAUUCUCUCAUGUCUGGUUAAUAUUUAUAUUCCAUAAGAACGAAAAAGAAUUUGUCCGUUCUAAGGUUAGCCCUCCAAGGUUACAUGGCAGAAAGGUCGGAUUGUUCUCAACCAGAUCACCACAUCGACCUAAUCCAAUAGGACUAUCGCUAGCCAAACUUGAUUGCGUUCAAGACAGAACUCUGUAUCUGAAUGGAGUCGAUCUAUUAGAUGGUACCCCGAUACUGGACAUCAAGCCUUUUAUUCCUGAGUACGAUACCCCGCAGUCUUUGUUAGAUAAUUCUGAUGUGAAAGAAAUAGAAAGAAGACAGUCAUAUUUAAAUAAUAACAUUUAUCCAAAAAAUAUUCACAAUGAGAAGGGAUUAAAUCCUCGUUCGACUUCCAAUACAAAAUGCAAAGACAAAAACAUAUCUCGGGAGAGUUGUAUUGAAGGUUGUCUAUGUGAGGAGGAAUGGGAAAAUACCUCACCAAAAGGUGUUUGUGUCAGAACUCCUAAUUGGAUAGAUCAGCCAUCUUCUCCGAAACUCCAAGUUUCUUUUACUGAUAGAGCUGUACAUCAAUUGAAUAUGUUUUCGCGGGAAUCAGAUGACCCAGAUUUUACUUUAAAAUUCCUUCGAACUUCCACAGAAGCCAUGGAAACAACUGCUUCUAUACUCAGCGAGGAUCCGCGCCCAGUUCACGUUCGAAACCAAGAAAAGGAGGAUUUUUAUUAUUUCACUGUUGACACAAUGCACGUCACCUGUUGGUUUUAUGAUGGCGUCGCAGAAGUCUUUCGAAUAUUACCUAUAUCCCGUGGCAAGCAUUUGAUAUAGGCACAUUAAACAUAAAUGUUUAUUUUACCAA